AUGUCGCUGCCUGCCAACUACACGGCGCUGCUCAACGAGCUCAGCCGCGACGUCGCUGCGUCUCGACCUGCGGAUGCGCUCCAGUUCUGCGCCAACUGGUUCAACGCCAGGCUCGAGCAGCAGCGUCGCCAGCAUCUCUCCGGCUCGUCGACCUCGGCAUCCAAUCUGGACAACUCCAUAGGGCCUUCGGAUCUCGACUUUGGCGGCGUGCCGCCCGGUCUCGCGUCGCCCACGCAGCGCGCCUCGAUCUUCAACUCGGACCCGUUCGCCUCGUCCAGCCGCUCCGCCACCGAGCCCGUGCCCAUGGACGCUUCGCAAUCGCCCGAGUCCGCCUACGCCGCACCACCGGCUGCUGGCUCGUCGACGUUCAACGCGUCGUCGUCCGCCUCGGCACCCGCCGCUGCUGCCAAUCUGCCAUCUUCGAUCGCGUCGAGCGCCGCCACGCCACUGAUCCCGCCUACGUUCAACCUGGGUCGACGCACGUCGGUGUCGGCCGAGAGCAUGGCUCCGUCCGGCGCGGGCGCCGAGCACGACGGCACGCCUCUGCCCAAGACGGUCAUCCCCAAGUCCGAGGAGCACAUGCAGCGCAUCCGCGGCUCGAUCGGCAACAACCUGCUCUUCCGCAACCUCGAGCAGGACCAGUACCGCGACGUGCUGCUCGCCAUGAAGGAGGUCAAGGUGGAAGCCAACGUGACCGUGAUCGAGCAGGGCGCGCAGGGCGACUACUUUUACGUCGUCGAGUCCGGCACGCUGGAUGUGUACGUGCGCGCCCCCAAUCGCGGCGGCCCAGAUGGCGAGGCGGAGGCAGAGGCAGCGGCGGCGGGUGGCAGCUCGGCGCUGGGCGACAAAAAGGUGUCGUACGGUCCCGGCUCGUCGUUUGGCGAGCUGGCGCUGCUGUAUGCGCAGCCGCGCGCAGCGACGGUGGUGUCGACGUCGGCGUGCACGCUGUGGGCGCUGGACCGCAUCACGUUCCGCUCGAUCCUGAUGGAGACCAACUCGAGGCGCCGUGCGCUGUACGAAAAGUUUUUGAUGGACGUGCCGCUUUUCGAGCGUCUGAGUGCGGCGGAACGCGCCAAGAUCUCGGACAGCCUCGAGCUGCGCGAGUACGCACCGGGCGAGGCGGUGAUCGCGCAGGGCGAACGCGGCUCGGAGUUUUUCAUCAUUGUGGACGGCGAUGCCGAGGUGCGCAAGACCAAGCAGGCGGGGCGCGAGGAGGUGGUGGGCAAGCUCUCGCGCGGCGACUACUUUGGCGAGCUGGCGCUGCUCAACAAUGCGCCGCGUGCUGCCACCGUGGCGGCGGCGGCGGCUGCGACCACCAAGCUGCGCGUGGUGACCAUGUCGGAGCGCGCAUUCACCAGGCUACUCGGUCCGCUCGCCGGUAUCCUCGAGCGUCAUGCCAAGGAGACCUACGGCGACUACUCGGGCAGCAGCGCUGCUGCGGCGACGACGACCGCACCGGCGGUGGGAGCAUUCAGCAUGUCGGAUGCGGCUGAUUCGAGCCUCGCGCAUCCCAUGGACUCGUCGGCCAAGCCGGGCCAAGGCGCGUGGUCCGCACCCAAUCCGUUUGCUACGGCCUAG